UAGCUUCAGUCUGCGUUCUACCGCGUGAGGGGACGGGCGUGUUGCGCGUUUUUUUAAUUUCGCGUGAUCGCUUCCGAUAAAAAACAUUCGGAAUUCAAAUAUACUUUUUUUUGUUUUUUCGCGAAAGUGUGGUGAUUGCUUGAGUGCGUAAACCGUUAAUGUGUGUGUGCUGAAUUGUGGUGUUGAAGUGCAUUUUGGAAUGUUGCAAACCUCUCAGGUAGCGGGUGAAGUGAGCGGUUUCUGAACGACCAAGUGCCAGUGAAGUGUCAGUGAUGUGCGAAUAGCCAUGCGCGCGCGCCGGCGCGUGACGUGACGUCAGAAUCCAAGAUGGCGGACACCAGUCCCGCCACCUCCAUCAUCGAGGGCACCGUCAAGUUCAGAGACGGGAAGAAGUGGAAAUCAAGAUGGUGUGUGAUGCGGAAGCUAUCUCCAGUAGCAGAUUGCGUGCACCUCCAGCUCUAUAAGGACCUGAAGGAGCGCCAGAAGAACGGGCAGACCAAGGCCUCCCUGUCCCUGCAGCAGUACCUCGGCUUCGAGGCUGGCUUCACGCUGGACAAGGAGUCCAACACCCUGGCCAUCCUGUGCGAAGAUGUAGUUCCUGUGCUUGCGUUUGAUACAAGGGAGAUCCUCAUACAGUGGAGAGUGAAGGUCCAACACAACCUCGGCAGCAGCAAGGAAUUCGCGGCUGUCAUCAUCCAGGCCCCCAACUCCUUAAAACCCGGUCCAGCCCGGCUGCACGCCUGCGGCCCCAGGCUUGCUCUGUGUGCCAACCGACCCCCUGAAGUCCUGGCGUUGUGGGACGUUAAACUGUUAAGACGUUUCGGCAUCGUAGACAAGCGUUUCUGCGUGGAAGGGGGCUCCCGCUGCGGCAAGGGGGAGGGGUUAUUCGUGUUCGCAGCGGAGGGGGGGAGGGAAUUGACGGACCUCCUCAACAUGUACAGCCACGACGCGCAGUCGAGGCUCAGCGUCGCGUCUAGGUCUGGCUCAGUUCUAGAAAAACGUUACUCGGACACGUCGAGCAUGGACGAUGGCUUUCCCUCGCUCCGCUCUGUCUCCCCCUGGGCGCCGACCAGCCAGACCAUGCACUGUAUCUCAGACCUGGACUCCAGCAUGGAAGAGGACAAAUUUAGGAGACCCACGUCGCUGCCUAGGUGUUCCAGUUGUAUUGGGAAGAUCAGUCAUCUUACCAGAUCUUCUGUAGGCACACCUGGAUCCAUGAUGUCUCCAGUGUGGACGAUGGGCAGCAUCGUGGAGAAGCGGUCGGAUUGCGACCGAGCCUCCAUUUACUCACGCUCUAGCGGCAGCGCCUCUGAGUACAACACAGAAUCAAAACGCGGUAGCCCCGUAUGCUGCCCCAGUAUUCCCGCGAAGACGGGCCCCUGCCCCUGCUGGCAGCCGAAACCCUGCUGCUGCCGCAAGUUCAGCGGACCCUACGAGAACUACGACGUGCCAAAGACCCCCAUGCCCCUCAUACAGGAACAUCCAAUCGACGGAGGAGAUACAAAGAGCUUAUACGACACACCAAAGAAACUUAAAUGCCUUCUCAACCAAACGUGCAAUUGUAGCGAAGCCAAAAACCAAGACACUGUACAUAACGAAUCACAUUCGAACUACGUCAAUGUGACACCCAUGCCCGAGAAACCGACCAGAGUGCACAAUUGCAAUUACGCAAAUUUAGACCUUUCAGCUACGUUAGAGAAGUUUGAAAGUUCUUUGCAGAUUUUAAGAAGCGCUGGCUUCAGUCAGGAAGAGCUAGAUGCUUUAGAGGAUAUACCAGAAAACGAUGACGAUAUAUCAACAGCCACAACGAAUACCGUCCAUCCUUCAGCAGGAUGCUGCAAUGAGCAUUCCAAUUACAUGCACAUGGAACCGCUUGAAAUAAGCAGUUCAAGUAACAGCAACAGAAACUGCUCGGACAAUAUUAGCAGGAUCAGUCAUGUUUCCGAUCCAACGCAGCAUUCAGAAUCAGAUACAAUCAGCACAAGGCGUUCCAGCUCUGCAGACUUCACCAAAAGGCAUUACGAUGACUUCCAAUGCUUCACACCCACAGUGUUGAGGAAAGCGCGAAAGAACGAAUGCAUCAAUGAAGGAAUCCCAACCAUAAAUGAACCUGAGGCACCUAAAGAGGUCAAGGCGCCUGAGAAAAGCGAAACCACCUUCGUUACCAGGUUUAGAGACGCAGUCAAGAUUAGAAGGUCAUCCAGUGUGCCUAGUAAAUCGGAUAAGAAUAGAGAUUCCUCUUCAUCGAACGAUUCUGGCGUUUCAACAGGCUCCUUAAAGCACCAUAAAGGUGACUUCGAGUUUGAGAUGCCGGUGACCAAUGGGAAGAGCUCUAAGAAGUACUUUAAGAGCAACAAGCCAAUCAGGAGAGCGUUAACGCCUGUUCACGGGCCAUUUGUGAAGUCGAAUUCGUCGGAUCCGUUGAAGAACCUGACGUUUCACUUUGAGGAAGUCGCAACGAUGACCAAGUCAAACUCCUGCGACGUAGAUACGCUGACGAGACGGAAAAAACGGAAUGUGGACACAGACAUGACGGCCCGUCACAGCCAGGUCACCAACAACACGUCCUCGGGCGCGUCCGACACGUCUGACUACAUGGAGUCCCUCUCCGUAUCCUCCUUCAGCUCGUGUGACGUCACUGCCGACCGCCAUGCUGCUAGACCGAGAUCCGGGAAAGAAUAUGCUAGUAUAGACCGCGCUACGCUCGCUAGCGUCUGUGACGUCACCACUGCUUAAACUGGAAUAUGUCGUUGUUGUAUUAACUUGGAAAAUCCACUGAUUGUAUUUAGACAAGGUAAAUAGAAAGGUCCUUCAAAGCUUACGCUAAUACUAGUUGACAUUGACUGCAUGGAUUAUCCGUGAUUUCUUUUAGCUCUUGUGACGUCACUGCCGCGAUCUGGGAAGAAAAAUGCUAGUGUAGACCGCGCUACGCUCGCUAGCGUCUGUGACGUCACCACUGCUUAAACUGGACUAUGUCGUUGUACUAACUUGCAGAAUCCACUGAUUGUAUUUAGACAAGGUAAUAGGAAAGGCUUUUAAUAUUAAUUGGUAUUGACUACAUCGAUUAUCCGUGAUUUCGUUUAGCUCUUGUGACGUCACUGCCGCGAUCCUGGGAGGAUCUAGCGUGUGUGAUGUCACACUGUUUAAACUUGACUGUGAAAAUCAACUGAUUGUAUUACAGUGGUUCUUACCGUGCUUGGUUACCUGAAGGUACCUGAACCAGUCCACGAAUUUAUAAACAUUUCACCCUUUUUUGAUUUUAUAGUCUGUCAAGCGAAGUAUGUCAGUAGCAAUGUACAGCAAAGUGAAGAAGGGCAACACUCAAAAUGCAGUAUUGCGUUGGUAUUGCGCUAAGAAAAGCAGCAAUGUACAUCGAACCAAAAACAAGUAACUAUAACCUCAAAUUUUACAAAUAUUUACGAUCAACGAGCGUGAUUGUAUAUUGUAGGCACCUUGACUUUGCUUAAGUUUCUACACAAGCUUAUUUAAUAUAUAGGUAUUUAAUGAUGGCAGCAUAAAUUGCUCUUGAAAUAGCAACGAUUCAGAAUGUAAACAAACAAGAUGGCUGUCAUUCACUUUCCACAUUCCACAGAUAAAACACAGAUGACACGCGAUUUUGGCAUUAUUCGCAAACAGUGUUACUAACCCGCGAUUUUUCAAAUUUGCCGGCUUUUGCUACUGACAAGACGUGCUUGACCAAGUAUAUUUGACAUUACUAUUAACUUCUAAACUGGGUGAUCCCUGGCAGAAAAACUUUGUCGAUUGAUCCCUUAGAAAAAAAGCUCCUUCAAAGAUUAGGGACGCACAUUUUAUAUUGAUUUUUAUGGAUUUGGUUGGACCCAUGCUGACUAUUAUAUCGUAUCAUGCGAUAACAGAGCUUGGAUAUAUGACUCCAAUACUUGUCGUAAUUCUUGUUUUAAAAAUCUUAUCGGAUUAUUUCUCAUAUUUUUGAUAAUCUUCGUAACAGCUUUUAUUAGCAAUCGUUGAUUUAAACUUGUUCAAGUUCAAGUCAAGUACAUAAACUACAUUUGUAUUUUAUUAUACUUAUCUACUGGUUAGAGAGUAAAGGCGCCGAAUAAAUUGAACAAUUUGAAAAUAUAAAGAGCCUUAAUUUCAAGUACCUACUUAUGAUUAUGUUGGCAGCUCGUUUUAGACAUAAGUUUUAUACACAAGACUGUAAUAUACACUGGUUAAUUCCUUAUUUAUCCCAGUCUCAAAAUUUCAGAAAGAUUCAGUAAUCCAAAUUUAUACGAGUAAGCUCUUAUGUCGCGCAUAGACUCUUUUUGUAAAACAUUAGUACGCACUGUGAGUCUACAUACAAUACGUCCUAUUUUUUGUGAGAAACAGUCCUCUGGAAUGAUCGUCAUAUUAUUCCUCAUCAGGGACUCUCAAUUUCUGACUUUGUACUUAUUUAAGAUAAUCUAUGCUAUACCAAUGACCUUACUUAAAAUAAAACAUGGCGAAUAAAAAGACAUGUAAAAAAUUUUCAAAACUAUGCACUGAGUACAUUGAUCAGAAUUUAUCUUAUUGGUUUACAAAUCUUUGAUGCAACUUGUAAAUAUAAUUUAGAGUCGUAUGUAACACUUGUAGGUUUUCUUUCGUUCCUAUGUAAAUAGUUGUUAAGGUAUAUAUUGAAUAGGGUAUUAGAGGUAGCAAUGUUUCUUUAUGUAUCUAGUAGAGUGCCAAAAGUUUUGUAGUCUCUUCGUAAAGGACAUGUGUCAGAUCAUGUGAGAGAUUUUUUAUGCUUAUUCUGGUAAUGAGUCAUUUAAAUGACUUAAUUUCUCGCAUGAUAUUAUACGAUAAAUGAUAAAACGAUAAAUUAUGCCACUUGUUGAUAAUGAUCGGUAGAAAUAAAAUAACGGCAAGCUUAAGAUCAUUUUAAUAACGAGUUUAAAAUGUUUAAAUCAAAUGAAAAAAUAUUUGCCGCUAAAAUGGUCGAUUUUUCAUCCACAGAUAAGAAAAAUCUUUAUUUUUAUGCAAAAAAAUAACGACAACUUACCUCGAAAACGAUAUUUUUUGGAACAAUUUUAAAUUGUUCUCUUGUACUUUGGAAAUGUAUUUUUAAUUAGUGUUUUUGGAAUUUUACUUAAUAUAACGGAUAGGUUAAGGUUUUUUGAUAGUUUUAGUACUUAAAUUAUUUGUGCCUUUACGUACAAUGUUUUAGACAUUUCAUUCAUUUGUGUUACCCUACAUUUAAUUUACGAACUAGUAUAAUAGUGUUUACUUAGAAAUAUUAGUUUAAGUGUGGUGCAUAUUAAAAACUGUAUGCAAUUAUAAUAUAUAAAAAUGUUUAUUCAUUGUAUUAUAUCUUUUAUAAUAUUAAGUAUCGCCUCAUAAUCUAGAAGCAAUAGCCUAUGUACUUCCAUGAUAAAUGUAUAUGUCCAUAUGAUAUAACUACAUAAUAUACAACAGUAAAAUACAUUUUUGUACUUACAAAAAGCUUCGGAAACGGUUAUCCUGCCAAAUAAAAUUAAUCAAUAUUUAUCUAUUAUAUUUUUUGUAUGAAUACCUACAUACAAUUUGUCAUUGUUUAAAAUUAGGCACUAUUCUUCAGAAUCGAAUGAACAAUACAUAUAUAGCUAUUUUGUUUAUUUUUCAGCUUAAAUCGAAAUAAAAAAUAAAAGGCAUAUGGAAUUUAAGAACCAUUUUCAAACUCUAGUGAUAGCCCAAAAUAAACGGUUUCAGUAGCACAAUAUAAAAAAAAGCCUAUACGUAUAUGCUUAUCACUUAUCGUCAUAGAUAACACAUCUAACAACUAUGUCAAUAAUUGAAUGGCUUAUGCACGGCGAUAAGUGAUAAAACAUAACCAUUGUAAGCCGGGAUGGUUGUGCUUUUAUCGUCUAUUAUUUAACUUACUUUCUAACAACCUUAGAAAAUAACACUAAAUGUAAGUGCGAGUGACACGUGACGCGAUAGACGAUAAAAGUGCCUCUAUCAAAUUCAUACUGCAGGGCUAAUAUGGUCAGUGUUUGAUCGUUUGUCAUCAUGCCUGUCACUUUCCAACAAAUAUGUAAGUGCAAAAAGGACGCAUGAUAUGACAAGUGAUAAAAAUGCGACCAUGAUACCGCCACCGAAAUAAGUUGGUGGCUUAACAAUCGCUAUCUUCAUUUUCAACGAGACAAAACUGUAAGGAUUAAUUGGAACACAGUGAAGUAUCUCUGUCUCUUUUGUAUUUGUGCAAUAUACUUUUUAUAAAUAAGGACAGAUUCAUUACAUCUGUAAUAACUGAGGACUGGGGGACAGAAUAUUGUAUGCUUAGAAUUAUAUUAUUGAAAGUAAUCAGGGGCGUAGUUUAAUAUUUGGCGCCCGGGCCAGUGGGCCGAGGCCGCCCCAUAUAAGGGCUCCUCUACACGAUGGCCCAGCGUAGGCCAGUCUAAAGGAUACAGCUAUGAGGUGGAAUGAGAUAGCAAUAUCACUUACUCCCUCUAACGCAUAAAUGCGUCCCUUGGAAUGGGGCCAUCGUGUAUUAGAGGAGCCAUAAUAAGCAUUUUUUGGCGUCUUUUAUUUUAUGCGUCGCUUCGAAGCCUGCCGCCCCGAGCUAGGGGUAGGGGUACGCCCCCAAGAUAUCUAUUAAAUUGACUUCUACAAGGGGAUUAUACUUCGAUAUUCAUCAUUUUAUAACAGAACCUACUGACUUCAUUCAUAUAUUACGGUCCGGAAUGAGCUCAUGCAAACGGCAAUGAUUGGUUUCAAUUUCUUACGAUUUUGUCUCUUUUAGGAAAGUAAUAGGUGCUGGCAUAAUACCGUAUAGACGCGAAACUCUGAAUAAUACUUACUAUGUGGAUUUGUGGAAUGUUUAUUAAUAAAUAUUUAUUUAAAUUUUUUGUUAUAUUCAUAACUAACAUUGGAAUAUAAUAGAUUAUUAAUCUAAUAAGUAUGUACAGUCAGCGUCAAAUACUUCGUAGCAGUCAAAGUGGCCAAAUAGUUUGGUACACCAUAUAUUUAGUAUGGUGUACCGAACUAUUUGGCCACUUUGACUGCUACGAAGUAUUUGACGCUGACUGUACCUAAUUAUUUUCAAGGUUUUGAAUACAUACUCGUUGACUUAAAUUUUCGCGUUUAUCGCGCAUGAUAAGACAUGAUUAAUGCCCUCGCCUUACUAACGCGAUGUCAGAAAAUUAUAUGUCAUAAAAUGCGUAAUUAGCACAACCAUGAUACGCAUGUCUUGCUAUUUUCCGCAUUUUCUUAAAGAUACAGAAAAUUAGAAGUGUCUCGUCUAUACGAAGUCUAGGUUUGUUGUAUGGCAGAAUCACAACAAUAAAUAUGGGAUGAUAAACAACUUUUUGUGGUUCUGUUAUACUGGCGCUCUGUCUAGUCAGAUUGUGUGGUGGCCACAUUUAAGUUUGUUGGCACUAUGUUAUAAUAUUUAGUGAUGUGUACAUUACUAAAUAUUAUAACUUGGAAUAAAACUCGCAACUUUCAAAAAUUUAAAUAUUUUACGGAUCGUUAUAUAGGUAGAUAGUUAUGACAUUCUGCCGUUUCGCAAAUCACAGCAAUCGAUAACAGGAAAAUACAUAUUUUAAAUGUCAUUUUGGCGGCUUUAUUAAAAAAAAGUCUGACAAAUCUAGCAAGUCGUUGAUUUUUAUUACAAUCAGGUUAACCAAUCAACCAACCAACCAAUCAACCAACCAACCAAUCAACCAACCAACCACCAACCAACCAACGUUUAAACAACUUUGAAUCUUAAAUGAUUUUUUCAUUCAAGAUUUUUUUUACUAUUUGGGGCCACCACACUUAUGGUUUUGGUGUUAGCAUAUGAAGGGUUUUUUCAGCACAAAAUUAUAUUUUAUGUAAAAGAUAUUUUCUUAUCUUGCGUUUAGCACAUUGUCUUACUUUACGUUUUGUAAUAUUGCGUCGGAAGACAAAAUAUAGUGCAUUGAAUUGAA